AUGGAUAAGAUACCCUUGAAAGAAAAAAAUACAAAUUCUUAUAAUAAAAAUAAAAAAACAAAUGGUAAGGUUUUAAAACCAAAAACUAAUAAUCAUAAUAGGAAAUAUGAAAAUAUUGUUAAUUCAUCUAAUAAUAAGAGCUCAAUAAGUACUAGGGGGAUUAUUAAUCAUAUACCUAAAAAACUUGGUAAAAUAACCCAUAUUAAUAGGAAUAUAAAUGAAGAUACCCGUUAUAGAAACAAUAGUAAAAGCAGAAAAGAUAAUAUACCAAUACUGAAAGAUGAACCUUCAAAGGAUGGUCUUACAAAAGAAAAGUUAGAUCUUCUACAGGAACAAAUAAUUCAAUUGGAAACAACAGUCUUUAAUUGUGAUCAUUUUAUUUGUAGCUUUGAGAAUAUUGAAUCUAUAUAUAUACCUAGGCUAUGGUUUCUUUUCGAAUUAGAAAUGUGUCAAGAAAAGAAUUCAGUUAAAAAUCUAAGAAACAGUUGCUAUCAUAACAAAGUAUAUGAAAAUAUUGUUCCUAAUUGGCAAGCAAGCAAUACUUUAGGGCAACCUCUUACAGAAGGUUAUGAACCAUUUGAUAUCCAAACAAUUGUACUACCCAAACUUUUUUCCCAAGAUUUAAACGAGUUACAAAGAAAAAAUAAUAUUGAGGAUAUUAACCAUGUAACAGUUGAAUUAGGAAGUUUUUCAACUUCUGAACUUGAAAAGGAAGAUACUUUCCAAAAAGAAAAUGGAAUUACAACCAAAAAAAAUUAUGAAUCUCUUAAUGAUAAUAAACCAAGAAACGGGGAAACAUUCCUUUCGAAAAGAAACAUUGAUGAUAUAUUUAAUUUCUCUCUUCCCUUAGAUGCUAAACUAUUAGUUGAAUCAAGUAGUUCUAAAACAAAUUCAUUCCUAAUAGAUACAAAUAAUCUUCAAGAGAAUGACAAUAUUAAAAAUAAUAAUAAAUCUAAUGAUGCAAUUGAACCUGAUAAAUCAUUCGAAACAGAGAAAAACGACACAAAUAAGAGAAAUAAUAAGGAGAAUUUACUUUUAAAAAAAUUAAAUUUUCAAGUAGCAAAAUUUUUUUUGGAUUUAUUUUUUUUGGAUUUUUUGUUUAGUUUUUAA